AUGAGGAGCGUGCUGGCAGCCUCGCGGCCGAUGCUGGCCGAGCGGCCGGCGGCAGCGGCGGUCGGCAGCGGCAGGGCGGUGUUGUUGCGAGCGUCGCCGCUGGCCAGGCGGCCGGACAGGAGGGGCGCGGGGCCGGUGCUGGCCGGGCGUGGAUUUUCGGAGCUGCUGAAGCUGAAGCAGGAGGAGUCUGCCGUGGCCCCCAGCAGGGUAUUGAAGCCUGGCAUUGUGUCCCAACGCCUGACAGUGCCCCCGCACAUCCCGCGACCGCCGUACGCCGACACUGGGAAAGUUAGAGAGUUUGAGGAGAGGCCCGAGAUCCAUGAUGAGGAGGGCAUUCAGAAAAUGAGGGAGGCUGGCAGGCUGGCUGCAGAAACUUUGGAGUAUGCCGGGAGCCUUGUGAAGCCAGGCGUCAAGACAGACACCAUCGACAAGGCUGUGCACGAGUUCGUGAUUGACCAUGGGGCAUACCCCUCACCUCUCAACUACAAGGGAUUCCCCAAAAGUGUGUGCACAUCCGUGAAUGAGUGCAUUUGCCACGGAAUACCUGACUCCCGAGAGCUUGAAGAUGGGGACAUCUUGAACAUAGACGUCACAGUGUACCUGAAUGGGUAUCAUGGUGACACAUCUAAAAUGUGGUAUGUAGGUGACGUGAGCAGCGAGGCAAAACGUCUAUGCGAAGUGACAGAGCAAGCCAGGGAUGAAGCAAUCAGCAUCUGUGGACCAGGCGUGCCCUUCAAGAACAUUGGGCUUGUGAUUUCUGACAUCGCACGGAAAAAUGGGUUCCUAGUUGACAAGACUUUUGUGGGUCAUGGUGUGGGCCGGGUAUUCCAUGCAGGACCAUACGUCCUUCACCACAGGAAUCAAGAACCUGGGAAGAUGAGGGCUGGCCAGACGUUCACGAUAGAACCCAUUCUAUGUGCAGGGCAACCAAGCUACAAAACUUGGAAGGACGAUUGGACGGUGGUGGACACGAAGGGCAACCUGUCAGCGCAAUAUGAGCACACCCUGCUUGUGACACAGGACGGUGUGGAAAUUCUCACCGCCUUGUGA